AUAUAAACCGUGAAGGGUAGAUUCGUAUUCGCAGAGCAAGGUUUCCCGUUGUCGAAGAAACAACCGUGCCUGUCGCAGGUUAUCGCUGACAAAGUUCUACCAGGUCCACUCGAUAAGGGAGUAUCUCGAUCCUCUCAAGAUUUGAAAAAGCAGCUCUCAAGGAUGCAGCAAGGCAUCGUAUCAUUCUACAUACUGUUGAUCGUCGCGGGUCUUUUUCUAUCGACGAAUGCUGCGCCACAACAAGGUUACUGGAGUCAAUUCGACGAAGAAGAUCCGGAAGCGCUAAUGGAAAUAAUUCGGCUCGGUCACACUAUGAUCCGCAAUCCGGAGCUGGAAAAUAACAAACGAGGACUGGAUCUAGGUUUGAGUCGCGGGUUCAGCGGGUCUCAAGCGGCGAAACAUUUAAUGGGAUUAGCAGCGGCGAAUUAUGCCGGAGGUCCUGGUCGACGACGUCGUUCCGAACAGCCCUAGAUGAAAAAACACCGGUUCGCUUGAUCGAUGUCAUUUCGAUCUCAAGCUUUAACAUCAUGAAUGUUUACUUACAACACGAAUUCGUUCGUUCGUUCAUUCGUUUCCCUGUCUUUAGCCUCUGCCGCAGAACGAAAUUACGAUCCGGUGAAUUUCAGUUACUUUAGUCUCUGCAAAUUAGCAAAACACAUCUAAAUUAAAUCGUUCGUACUUGCGAUCAAUCAUUUCUAUCUCACAUUCCCAUACUUUUUCCUACGUGUCUUAUUUCUUUAAAGCGUCGAGUAGGAUGUCAGAUCGGUUACAAUCUAGUCAUUGUUCUAGUCAUAAAGUUAUGCCACUCGUAUUUGUGUAUGUAUUCGCGCGUUUAUAAGCACGCAUACGAAUUUCUGAAAUGAAUAGUAAAAUAACACGACAGAGCUACUAUUCACGAUCCAGUGUAAUUAAUUCCGAGCAUUGGAAUAUAUAUCAACUGUUAUUAUCGGAAGCUUACAAGUUUAAAUCUCUAAUUACAGAUCGAUUCUAUAAUUUAUCCUUGAAUUUAUUAGCUUUCAAUCGUGCCUCUCGUAGAGUCAACGAACAGCGACAAUUUACACCAGUCUUCACUUAAUAUUCUAUGCGAAAAUAGUCUCAUUCGCCAGGGGCGUUAUUUUUGUAUUAGCAAACUGACAUCGAUGUCUAUUGCUCGUCUAGCUUAAUACUUGUGCAUUAUGUUUAUUUAUUUUCUUCCUAACUAAAUACAUCGAUUGUACUUUUGAACGAAUGCCAUUCGUUUCAACUAUCGGCGUGUGAACACGCCGUUUUAUGUAAAAUUAAACGAAAAUAAAUCCAAUACAUGUAUCCUGCGUUUCUGCAUACCUCUACUAUUAUCUUCUUUUUAUCCUAUUUCUUUAUUCCUCCUUCUCUCCCCUCCCGCUUUUUUUUUAUUGCAAACGAACGAAUUCAAAGAUACCGAUCACCUGGUAACCAAAACGUACUAGUGUUUGUAGUGUUUUUACAUUAGCAUUGUAUUAGUUGUAUCGUAUUAUUACCUAUAUAUUAUUAUAUUAGUGUUAUAUUAGUUAUGUUACAAAUUAUUAUAUCAAUGCUGUAUUAGUUAUAUUAUUUACAAUAGUACGAUAUUGUAAAUAAAUUGGUACAUGAA